AUGGUUUUCUUCUCCCCCGCCUUCGUUGCGAUUGCUGCGUCCUUUUUCGCUGGCUCCACGUUCGCCCAUCCAGGACAUGACAUCCAGGCUGAGAUUGCAGAGCGUGCUGAGUAUCGUGCUCGCGCCCAGUACACGAACCUCGAUCACUGCGCCGAGAAGCUUCAAGCCCGCUCAGCCAGCAUGAUUGCUCGUCGCAAGACAGAGGUUGAGAAACUACGUCUCAAGCGUGGCAUUGUCAAGAGAAGCUUUGCGGAUGUGUUGGCUACCGACCACCACUCCAACCAGACUGUCACACCAUGUAGUCCGGAUGAGCUCAUCUUUGGCAGCAACAGCUCCUGCAUCUUGCAACCCGAGACAACCGAGGGUCCCUACUGGGUUUCCGGCGAGCUCGUGCGUAAGAACAUUACUGAUGGCAAUGCUGGCGUCCCGUUGACUUUCGACGUCCAAAUGAUCAACAUUAACACCUGCGAGCCUUUCAAUCAAGUCGCUCUUGAGGCUUGGCACUGCAACACCACGGGAGUGUACGGCGGUGUGAUUGCUGGCAGCAACGGAAACACGGCCGAUGCGUCGAACAUCAACAACACCAUGUUCCGUGGUAUUCAGUUCUCUAACGAGAACGGCAUCAUGCAAUUUGAUACGACGUUCCCUGGUCACUACACCGGCCGUACCACUCACAUCCAUAUCCUCGCGCAUGUCAACUCCACCCUCAACCCCAUGAACGGCACCCUCCUUGGCGGCCACGUCUCCCAUGUCGGCCAGCUCUUCUUCGACCAGUCACUCAUCAAUGAGGUCGAGGCCGUAGCACCCUACACCACCAACACCCAGGAGCUCCUCCUCAACGCAGAUGAUGGCAUUUUCGAAGGCGAAUCCGCCAACACAGAUCCUGUUUUCAACUACGUCUACCUUGGCGAUGCGGUCGAGGAUGGCUUGUUUGGUUGGGCUACGGUUGGUUUCGAUCCAACAGCUGUUACGACGCCCCGUGCCGCGGCUUACGUCGAUGAGAGUGGCGGUCAUGCCAAUGCUGGUGGUAUUGGUGGCGGCCCUGGAGGUCCGCGACCUACGGGACGUCCUCCGGGCUUUCCGUCGGGCGUUCCUUUCCCAACCGGAUCUGGCGUUGCGAUGCCGACAGGCUCGGCUUAA